CGGGCUGGGAUUGGCCCCUCACGCCGCCUCGAGGAAGCAAAGAACUACAUCCAACUCUCCACAGGCAUUGACGUGUCGAUCUUCUCUGCUGACGUUCGUGACUACGAUGCGGUAUCAAAAGCGGUGGAGGAGGCAGGCCCCAUUGAUGUGCUGAUUGUCAACCAAGGGGUCUUCGUCCCUGAAGAACUCGAGAAGCAGGGAUUGGAUGAGGUGAAGUUCAUGGUGGACGUAAAUCUGAUUGGCAGCUUCAACAUGAUCAAAGCUGCUUUGCCCAAAAUGAAGAAAGGAGAUGGUAUGCCCCGUUCGAUUGCUCUCAUGUCUUCCCAAGCUGGUCAAGUUGGUAUCUACGGCUACACAGCUUACUCUGCGAGCAAGUUUGGGCUUCGUGGGUUGGCCGAAGCUCUGCAACAAGAGGUGAUAUCUCAUGAUAUUCAUGUUUCUCUUAUAUUCCCUCCGGACACAGACACCCCUGGUCUCACUGAAGAGACGAAAAAACGGCCGCAACUGACUAGCAUUAUAGCAGAGUCGUCAGGGGUGAUGAAAGCUGAAGAAGUAGCAAAGAAGGCUUUUGGGGGGAUCAAGUCUGCUGCUUUUAUUGUGCCUUGUAACCUUGAAGGGGCGUUGCUGUCUAUUGCCACUGCUGGGAUGUCUCCUCAGAGAUCGUUUGUUAUGGCAUUUGUUGAAGUGGUUGCUGCUGGUUUGGUUCGUCUUGUUGCUCUGUUUUUCCAGUGGAAUUGGUAUAAUGGUAUACACACGUGGCAUGCACAGAACAAAAGGGCCUGAACUUGGUGCAUUGUAAGGGCACUUCUUACACUGCAGCUGUUGGUUGCGGGAUACUUUGGUUCUUCGAGUCACUGACCUUCACAGAAGGUGGUUUUGGCUAUCGAAUUCGCACCGAGCAUCUCUUAGCAUUUGGUAUUUGGUACUGCUUGAGGAAACUUGUUUUUUACCUCCAUCAGUCUUCCUUAAAUUAAGACCGUUGUCGUUCCAGUGCAUUUGGUAUGUUAAAUCUUCAUUGCUGACUCUGAUAGAUACCUGGAAUUGUAGGCACAGGAAAUUGAAAUCACGCUUGAGAUUAGGUUUUGCCUUCUCUUCACCCCGACAUAAAUUCAAUAAUAUGUUCUGAUGAAAUAAUUUGCUGGAUUAGAAUUUCAUUGCGGUAAA